AUGGCCCCCAUCGAGCGCAUCACCCUCUUCAACAUCCCCGACGAAGCUGCCCGGGACCGCGUGCUGGAGCAGUAUAAGAUCCUUGCGAAGACGGCUGUUAAGGAUGGCAAGCCAUAUAUCGUCGCCGCGGCAGCCGGAGUGUCCUACCCGGACCCGCGGAACAAGGGCUACAAUCUCUCGGUCAAGACUACAUUUGCGUCGCUGGAGGAUAUGAAGUACUAUGAUACGGAGUGUGGGGCGCACAAGGCGUUGAAGGCGGUUGCGGCGCCGGUGAGGGAGGAUGUUCUGACGACAUAUUUUGAGAGUGUGCUUUGA